AUGGUCCUUUUACGUCCCCUAAUCGCAAUCGCUUCGAUGGUUGGCGUUGUGCACUCCUCAAGUGACUACAGCUACAAUGUGAACAUAAGCGCCAUUGCUCAAAGUACCAGAGAUCAGUGGUGUCAAGACCAGAAAUCCUCCUGUCCUCUUCUCUGUUUCCAGGUACAGAAUGCCACAGGCCAACCCACGUCCAACACUUGCGACGAUACCACCCUCUCUUAUAGCUGUGUAUGCAGCAACGGCCUCUCGCCAAAUUCCUCAGAAUACUCGCAGACCAUCCCCUAUUACCUUUGCACGGAGGCAAAUAGCGAGUGUGUCGCCGCCUGCAGCGACUCGACUUGUCAGUACAACUGCCGCGCUGACAACCCCUGCGGUGCUCAAAGCCCUACACGUGUCAAUGCUACAUCAAGUACUGCGGCCACCGCAACCCAGAGUCAAACCACCACCACGACUCUAGCUCCGUUCACAGGAGUGCCAGAAGAGGGGCGGGCUGCCCAGCUGUCCACUGAUCUCGCUCAGGUCUAUGGUCUCACCGUCGUUGUCGGUGGAUUCCUUGCCGGGUUUGCAGCUCUUCUUUGA